UAGUUAUUAAAUACAAUGUCUCUCCCCACUAAGAUAACAUUUGGUGAUGUGUACAUUGAAUAAGUGUAUGUAUUUUCAUGGUUACCUUUGAUUUAUAUCACAUUUCAAGACAUUAAUGUGGUUUUGAAUGAUAUUUUACAGAACCUCUUUCUUAGGUGGAUGGAUUCAGAGAUGACAUCGGAGAUGACUGUCACAUGGACGUUAUAGAAAGUGACUGUAAGGAAAUGAUGAUAUCAGAAAAACAAAACUAUCUUGAUAUGUUUUAGUGUUAAAUCAACGGGAAAGUGUUUAUAAUUUGUGAAAAAAAGUGUUAGAGCUGAAAUAUUUUCUGCAAAUUCAUAAGAAAGUGGUGAAUUUGAGUAGUUUUACAUAUAACAAAAAGGAAAUCUCGUUGUGAGCCGACUCCGUAUCGUGAAUUUGGUAUUCCAUUAAUUAGACUGUUCAUUAUGUGAAUGCUGAGAAGUGAACUUUUCAGAAAUAAUGUGUAUUCGCUUUUAAUACUUUGUGUUAUAAUCAUAUAUGUUAAUUGUUUCGCUAUGGUUAAAGUGUCUAUUUCAUCAAAGCUCCCAAAAGAAGCGCAUACUACUAAAGAGAGGCAUACUAAAUCGGAAAAUAAAAAUGCGAAUCUUAGAAGAUCACCACGGAUGGGAGAGGCAAGGUCUGAUAGCCACCACCAAGGACAGAAGAAGGGCAAAAGGGAUAUAACAAUUAUAGAAGUAAUUUUCUUAGGGAUUUACAUUGUGUACGCGACAGAUUUCAGUGCCUUCAUUCGGCAUGUUCUAUCCAGUUUUCAAGAAUUUACAGUGUAUUUUCAGUAUAAGGAUGGUCAAUAUCGCUGUUUCGUGUUGCUUGAUCCAACAGAAAAGCUCAAAAUAAAAGAGGGGAAUCAACAUGUACUAGAUACAUGUUCUCAUUUGUCUGAGGUUCCUUUUAUGGACUUUGUGGUGAUGACGUCGAGAUCUACGGAGUCUUUCGUGGUACUAAGAAAGACGACAGACUGCCAGCAGCUGUUUAAAAAGCUUCAAUGGUACGUUAAUGAUCACUUAUGUCUACAUAAAGUUGAUCUGUCAAAGAAACAGCUGACUGAAUCGCCCUAUAAAGAUGACCAUUUACAUGACGUUUUUUACUUUGGUAGUCUUACGUUAGUUGAAAACACGAGCGCUGACACAUCGACUGGGACAAAUAAGAACCGUGAUCUGGUCGUUUCGCUGACAGGAAUAAGCGGGACUGUUUUCCCCCAUGAUAAUAAUUAUUUCACCUUUUCAUCGUUACCAACAAAUUCACCUAAAAGUAUAGUAUAUAAUGACGGCAUAUUGUUACCAAACCCCUCGCAUUGGCGGGCAGGGAUAAGAUUGGGCGAAGAUGCAAAUGCGCAUGAGCAGAACAACAUUUCAACCUAUGAGAGCGCUAGGGCAGAUGACAAAUCACGAAGCAACAGAAAACGGCCUCGCUAUCCAGGGAAAACUACCGUGGAAAACAGACUGGACACGUUUAACGCCUGGCCGCAUUUAGCACCGACACCACAAACGCUUGCAGUAGCUGGCUUCUUUUUCACGGGUGAUGCGGACCUGGUUCGGUGUCACCAGUGCGGUAUCGGUCUCAAAGACUUCAGUCUGGUUGACGAUCCAAUGUCAGAGCACAUUAAACAUGCAGACAGUUGUGACUUCCUCAUUGACUUGUAUGGGGUGACUGGAUUGGAACAGAAAAGGUGUCUUAUCAACGAACCCGAAGCAAUUAGAAGACGCCAGCUAGAAUCGUUCAAAACACAAAAAGCCCCAGAUACCAAAUACCGAAGACCCGAGUACGCGGGUUAUGAUGCCCGCCUGGCCACAUUUAAUGGCUGGCCGGAAGAGGUGUCUCAAAAGCCCUGCCAGUUGGCACACGCUGGUUUCUACUUUACAGGUGUUGAAGAUCACGUGCGGUGCUUCGCCUGCGACGGAGGACUGCGACAGUGGGAUGCGGGAGAUGACCCUUGGGUUGAGCACUGCCGCUGGUUUCCGGCCUGUUCCUUUGCCAGAAAAACCAAGGGGGACCAAUAUAUCGAACUCAUUCAGGCUUCCGUCGACCAAGGGGAGGAUUUUUCAGAACUGGAGGAAACAAGACCUGUGCUCCAACAUCAGGAAACGUCUCCCGAAGACUUCGUGACUUCCGGUAUAGACAACAUCACGCUUGGGCGCGCGGAGCUCGAGGAACACCGUCGCACGUGCAUUGAGGAUCUUGGGUUUCCAGCAGAAGAGUUUGAAGAAGCCCUCAUUGAGCUUAGAAAAAGUGGAAAUAUUCUUCCGACAUUGGAAGACCUUAUCAUCUGCAUAGGAGAUAUUCAAAAACGGAAUGAAAUCCGACAAGUUCAACUGGAAGCAGUAACAGUGGACACCCCAGAAAGCAUACUUGAAGAGAACGCUCGCUUAAAGCACAUCUUGAAGUGCCAGAUGUGUAAUGACAACAACGUUAACGCACUGUUCCUGCCAUGUGCUCAUCACCGGAUGUGCAUGGACUGCGCGAGCAAAUACGACGUCACAGUGUGUCCCAUUUGUGACCGGCCGAUCAGGGAAAUCGUUAAAACUUUUAUGGGUUGAAAUCCGUGCGUCUAUUUAACCGUCUUAAAACCUUACACCAACGAAUUAAGGUUAUAUUAUGGUUAUUUAUGUGUUGGAGGCUGGAGUAUAAAAUUGGAAAUGGCAGUGUUCAAGAGGCAUGUUUAGGCAGCAUUUUCUCCCACCCACUGGAUUUCUGGUCAUUUUAGCCCUUACCAAUGGGUACCGAUAAAAUACCAGAAUGUAGGGGAAUAUAUUUUCUAGUUCGUUGUCACAAAUUUGUCUUUAGUACGAUUUUUUUUUUAAUUUCAUAAGUUUAUCUAUUGAAUGUUGUUCCAUCGAACAUAUACGUUGCCUUUAAUAGUUUAUAUCCGCAGGGAUGGGAUGUUACUGAUUUUGCGCAUGUAUUAUUUGUAAUUAUAGUUAUCUUUAACCUCUGACCAGUUUUGUCACGCGCGAUAUUUUCGUUUAAAUUUCAUCUUAAAUUAAGCAUUUAUAUAUUGUGAGCCAAUUCUACAGAUCAUUGUUAAAGUCAGCAUCUUUGUUGACUAGAUUGAUUUUAACUUUCAAAUCAUAAAUACUCUGAAAGUUCCAUGGACACACGGGUGAUCUCCUGUCCUUUUUAAAUAUGUUGAGACAACUGAAUCAGCUAUGCUUGUUUUACUUAAAUAUAUCAGCAUAUUACAUUUAUUAUGUUUCACCUUAAAACGUUGAUAACGAUGCCGUUAACAACGUUGUUAACUUAUUCAAAAUUCUGAACAAUCAUCUUUAUAUUUGUGCCAUUUUUUUAUAACAAUAUGUUUUAUAGAUUGUUGACUAGAUCUAUGAUUUCGCUUAAAUAUAAGCAUUAACUUUCAUUUAAAAAAAAAUGUUUGUCAAUAUGUUUUUAGGAUAUGCUUUAAAGUUCGAACUCUUUAUAUUGAAAAAUAUCUGAUUUAUAAUUUCAAAUUAGUCUGCUUAACAGAUGGUAUUGUUUUAUUGUCAAACUUUUAUUUGUGCUGUUCAAAUAUAAUUUUGAUGCUUUCAUGAAUCUUCAAUAGAACAAUUUAUUCAGUUUUGAUUAUGUUUUUUUUUCUCCAUUUAAAUGAUUCCAAUUCAUUUAUUUUUUGACAUUCUUCGGAUUUCCCUUUUAUGAACCUGGAUCUUCUUAUAUUUAUUUUCUCGAUUUACAUUUAUAAUUUUCCUUAUAGCAUUCUUUACUUGUUCCCUUUAGGAGCCUGGAUCUACCUUGAUGUAUUUUCUCGAUUCAUACUCAUAUUUUUUCUUAUGACAUUAUUCACUUGUUUUCUUUAGGAACGUGGAAGUAGUUUGUGUAUUUUCAUGACUAAUGUUUCGCCGUGAAUUACUACCAACAUCGGUGCAAAAGUGCCGAAAGAGUUCCAGCACAAAUCCGAGCAAAAUUUCUCAGGAAAAGGAAUGGGAGGAAGGCAUCUACCACAAGCAGUCAUGGAAGAUAGAUGACCACCCAACCUCGUUUCGGGUAAUUAGCAGAACGACUUGUGGAAAAGUGGUGCUAAAAUUAAGUUCUUGGAAACUUUGACCGAUUCAGUGCCAAAUCAUUCUGUGAUAAGAUCUGUGUUAUAUUACACAUUUUUAUAAAUUAUACGUAUUCAAUUCUUUAGAAAAUCAUUAACAAAUGUUUAUGAAUAUGUAAACAUAUAUGUGCUGCUGUUUUAAGUUCACAUACAUUCAUAUUUUAAUAUAUUUACUGUGUAAAAGUAUUGUAGUUAGAUUUAAUUCACAACAUUACACCACAAGGGUUUUUCUUCUAUAAUAAUCCGAGGGACCAUAGAACUUCUCAGGCAGUUUGUACAUGACCAAUCUUUUGAAUUUUGGGGUCAUUAGGUCAAAGGUCACAUAAAUUGUCUAGGCAUUUCUUCUUGAAAUGUCUUAACAAGUUCUAACAAAUAUUACUGACAAAGCGGGCUUAUUGUUGUACAAUCUAUUUUUAUUCGUGGAAAGUUAUUACAUGUGUGGUUUUAACUUUGAAUUGUAUGUUUUGUAACAUGAUUUAUACAGCUGUUUAUAUACUACUCAAGCCAUUCCUGUGUUAACAUGUUGUGCACAAUUUUUAUAAGAUAUGUUUCACCAUGUGACAUUUUGUCUAUAAAUUUGUUUUAAAAAUAUAGUUUCUGUUAUAGUGUAAUAAAAUUAUCAUCAUGUUUCAUUUGACAUUUAUCCCCUUGUUUUACUUGUGCGUGUUAUCUGAUUGAAUAUAUGCUCUAAGGCUAGU